GAAGAAUUGAAGCAGUAUAUUCCAGAUAUAGAAUGGAUGAAGGAUUAUCUGCCAGAGUCAGAAACAUUGGAUCAUGUCAAAAAUAAUGUCCUGAGAACAUUAAGGAGUAUUCAUCUUCCAGAAAAGGGGUGGUUUACAAGUCACCUACCAGAUCUAAAAGGUUACAAAGAUUUACUCAGUAAAAGUUCCCUAGCAGUCACAAGUUCAAGUGGUGCUUUGCUUCAUCCAUCUCAAGAUCUCACAGAUUUAGAUCUUAGGCGAUCUGUACCAAUCAUAGGAUUUGGAAGGUCUUCUGAUGAUGAAAAUGCUAAAAAAGUAAAUAAAUAUUUCAAUGCUUUAUAA